AGGAGAGGAAGAGAGGAAGAGAGGAAGAGAGGAAGAGAGAGAGAGAGAGAGAGAGAGAGAGAGAGAGAGAGAGAGAGAGAGAGAGGAAGCUGGGAAGGAAGAGUGAGAGUGAGAGGAAUAGUGAGAGUGAGAGGAAUAGUGAGAGUCUCCUGUAGCUUUAUUCACCACUUAUAUACCCAAGUCUCCAGGUAGAAAAUAACUGGGAAGCACAGUGGGAAACCCUGGCUCGUGACUACCUGGCUCGUGACUUUGGUAACAAAAGACCAACUAGGAGACCUGAAUUAAUUAGGGAGAAAUCCCAGAAGACCAGCCUAAAUCUCCAGGAUAAAGGCUGAGGAAGUAAAAGGCAGAAAUAAGUUGACCACCACCCAGGUGUGGUCCAGGUGUGUCAGUUCCACAUGCAUCAGCCGGCCUCAGCAGAGGUCAUGCAGUGGAGAUAUCGGGUGUUUACUACUUGGUCUUUUCUUCCUGUGCCGUAAAUACAUGGGAGAGGCCUCUGUCCAACAAUCCCAUGACUUCUUAACUGUGGCCAUGCAGUUACAAAGCAGCCAGGCCCAAAUCCAAUAUGGCACUACAUCCAGGAAGUAACCCUGCAAUGGAGAAUAAAGGAUGUCUAUGCAACUCUAGGUGACGCAGGGCUGGACGAACAUUUCCCUGUAGAGGAAAUAGCAGGUGCGAAUGCUCUGUGCUGAGAACACUGUGAAGGAUGGGUGGGGAUUCUGGAGAGGGAAGGGUUUAUGAGGGAUGCAGGAGUCCAUGGGCUAAGUUAAGGGUUAAGUCUUUCUUCUUAGCACGGUAGGGAGACACUGAAAGGUUUGAAGCUGGUUUAAAGAGCUAAACCCAGCCUUAUUUAGCAAGCCUGGCUCUGGUCAGCGCCUUUGCACAGUCGAUUUCUAAGGCAAGGGUUCAGAUGGGUUUGGUCACCAUAGAGAUGGCUGUGUGGACACAAACAGUUAUGAUAAUGAAGUUACACACUUGAGCACUGAGGGGGGAGGGUAUAAACAAAACGGGUUCUGGGUGAGCUUUGCUGGAAAACACAUUCUGUCCACACAAAGGGUCUGAUGUAUGAAAAAGGACCUGCCAUGAAUAUGAACAAAACCCAAGGACCACAGAGCCAGGAUGCUGGUACCAUAGCAACCCGGACCAAAGGGCUUCUCUUCUGUAUUUUCAACAGAGCCCCAGUGAGCGUGCAGCAGGGACAAGGAGGUCAGAAGCCAUGUGAAGAGGGCUCCUGUCCACCGGCACCUUGUAACCAGCCUCUUAUUUAAUUCUGAUAACCCCUCACCCCAACAGAACGAGGUAACCUCAUUCUGUAGAUGAAGAAACCUGAGCUCAGAGGGAUGGUGCUGGCUGCUGAUAGGCUGGUGCCAGGCAUUAGGUGGCGUCUUCGGAUAGAAAGCUUUGCCUAGUCUCUUGCUCCCUUCCGGCUUAGAGCAUGUUUCCAGACUGAAGUGGGACACGAGUUCGAAGCUAAUCUAAGCUACACGGCGAGACUCUGUCUCAACAAAAGGAAAAAGAAAAAGGAAUAGAAAUUUAAGAAUCCUAAUAGAAAGGAGCGACGCGUCCACAAAAGAGUUUUACCAAAAGAGCCUCCAAAUCUCAGAUUCAUCCCAAAGCCGGAGCAUCACCAACAGGCUUCCGGAGGAAGCCGGAGAGUGAGAAGCUUUUGUCCGAAAGUUGCCGAACGCUCACGGAGAUAGACGAAGAACUUCGGGAAGGGCAGCGCUCUAUUGAACGUGAAGAGGUUGUGAGGCGGAACCAUUCUUGCAGAAUAAAGUUGUUGAGGGGGGGACGAUGUUCAUAACGGAAAGAGGCCGGAGGAUUUCCGAAGCGGGCGGAAGCGGCGCGGUCGCGGGCCAAACUGCUCGAAACCAUGGCUGCCGGGUCUUCGGAGGCAGAGACGGAGGCGGAGGCGCUGGCCGCGGCGCAGGAGCGGAGCCGCCUCUUCCUGAGCGGCCUGGAGCUGGUGCAGCAGGGCGCCGAGGCUCGAGUGUUCCGUGGCCGCUUCCAGGGCCGAGCGGCCGUGGUGAAGCACCGCUUCCCUAAGGGCUACCGGCACCCGGAGCUGGAGGCGCGGCUUGGCCGGCGGCGGACGGUGCAGGAGGCUCGCGCGCUGUUGCGCUGCCGCCGUGCUGGUGAGGAGGGCCGGACGGGGCUCCGGGAGACGGGUCGGGACGGAAGAGACCGGGCUCGGGGAGACCGGUCGGACGGGACAGACGGAGCUCCGGGAGACCGGUGGGGACCGGAGAGACGGGGCUCCCGGAGACGGAUUUGGACGGGACAGACCGGGCUUCCGGAAACGGGUCCGGACGGGACAGACAGAGCUCCGAGUUCCAGGAAUAGCUGCCCCCAUCGUCUUCUUUGUGGACUAUGCUUCUAACUGCCUAUAUAUGGAAGAAAUCGAAGACUCGGUGACUGUUCGAGAUUAUAUUCAAUCCACUAUGGAGACUAAACAAGACCCCCAAUGCCUCUUGGACUUGGCCAGGAAGAUCGGGCAGGUUCUGGCCAGACUGCAUGACAAGGACCUCAUUCACGGGGACCUCACCACCUCCAACAUGCUCCUGACACGGCCCCUGGAGCAGCUGCACAUCGUGCUCAUCGACUUUGGGCUGAGUUUUGUCUCAGGACUGCCAGAAGACAAAGGCGUCGACCUCUAUGUCCUGGAGAAGGCCUUCCUCAGCACGCACCCCCACACCGAGACUGUGUUUGAAGCCUUUCUGAAGAGUUACGGUGCCUCGUCCAAGAAGUCCAGUCCAGUGCUGAAGAAGUUAGAUGAGGUGCGCCUGAGAGGGCGAAAGCGGUCCAUGGUCGGAUAGUGGAGCUGUGGUGACUGGCUCACAGUGAAGGAUGAUGUAGACGAGGUUGGACCUCAGCAAAGCAUGGGGUCGUUAAGUGGUCUGUGAUCAUGCUGGGACACCACCAUCCUUGGCUCACUGUUCUCAGGGGCUUCGUGUACAUGAGGUUUAUUUUAGGCAGAACCGGGUGGGUAGUCCAGGCUGGCUUCAAACUAUGUAAUUGAGGAUAACUUUGAACUUCUGAUGCUCCUGUAUUCAUUGGGGUGUAGGUGUGUGCUGUCACAUCUGAUUUCUGUGGUGCCUGAGGCAUACUAGGCAAGCAUUCCAGCAACUGAGCUGAGUCCCAACCCUAGAACUGGGUGUUUCAGAUCAAACAAGCUUUCCCGCAGAUGGCUGUGGGCCUGCAUAGCAGGCAGCACUGAGCUGAGAAUGGUGGUGUAGUCCUAGAAGAACAAAGGCAGGACUCAGUUUGGGAUAGUGGUUCUUGGUCUGCCCUUUAAUCUGGCGGGGUAUUUGUUAUAUGUAUGAAGACUGCUUGAGGGCUGGAGAGAUGGCUCAGUGGUUAAGAGCACUGACUGCUCUUCCAGAGGUCCUGAGUUCAAAUCCCAGCAACCACAUGGUGGCUCACAACCAUCUGGAGAUCUGAUUCCCUUUCUGUUGUGUCUGAAGACAGUUGACAGUGUAUUCAGAUACAUAGAACAACAAAUAAACCUUUAAAAAAAAAAAAAGAAAGAAAGAAAGGGCUAGAGAGAUGGCUCAGCGGUUAAGAGCACUGACUGCUCUUCCAGAAGUCCUGAAUUCAAAUCCCAGCAACCAUAUGGUGGCUCACAACCAUCUGUAAUGAGAUCUGAUGCCCUCUUCUGGUGUGUCUGAAGAGAGUGACAGUGUAUUUACAUAUAAUAAAUCUUUAAAAAAAGAAAAGAAAAGAAAAAGGAAAAAGAGGACUGCUUGCAGCCAGUUCAGUGGGAUGUAAGCAGCACUUUGAGAAAGCGAACCGACCCUGACCGGGAUGCAGUGGACUGCUCUACAGAGCUUGUUGCAAGUGUGGAUGUUUACAUGGCUGUGUUUGGAGUUUGACAUAAAAGAUAUUUUUGAGGGUCUGGA